GUUGUAACUUGAAUGCACUUUUUAUGAAUGAAAUCAUGUGGAAUUAGUCAUUAUGAGGAUUCGAAAAAAAAACAAUUAACUGGAAAAAACAAAAAUUUGAUUCCACAAAUUUAUGUGGGAUAAACAGAAAAAUUAUGAAUCACUUUAAAAAUCAUUCAUGAUAUAAAAAAGGAAUGACAUGAAUGAAAAAUAAAUACUUAUAUCAUUCUUUUAAUUUUUCAAAUUAUCUUAUUGCAUUCCAUUUUCUUCGUUAAUUCUAAUUCCAUACAUUCUUAAAAUGAGUUACUAGUUAUUGUCGUUUAUUUUUAUUUGAAGGUAAGAAUAUUUGAACACUUAUUAAUAGUCUUGAAGGGUAUAUAACCAUACGGAAUCUACUCAGAUAUUCUUUUUCUCUUAUUUUCAUUUUUAUUUUUAUUUUGCGGAAUCUACUCAGAUAUUUUUAUCGGCACGACUCUAAAUUGGAUAUAUCCUUAUUUCAGAAACUGGUAUUGUUUUACACUCUUGUUAUUACUGGGGCAUUUCUCUGAACGACUGAAUCUAAAUGCAAUAGAAUACGUGAUAAUCAAAAGAAGUAUUUUUUCACAGACAUUAAUACAAAUAUUUUUAAAAACCAUUACACAAAUUCAUGAUAUGUCAAAACAAGAAAAAAUAGAUUCAUGAAUGUAAAUAGAGAUAUAUCUGAAAACAACUUGCGUAUAUUUACAUUAAUGCAAAAUUUUACCUCACAAAUGGAAUAAUAUAAGCACCAAAUCGAAAACUUAUUACACAUAUUUUUAAACACUAUUACACAGAUGACAAAUUCAUCAUACAUAAAAACAAGAAAAAAUAGAAUUCAUGUAUUUAAGUAGAUGUAUAUCUGAAACAGCUUGCACAUAUUUAUGCUAAUGCAAAUUUUUACAUCACAAACAGAAUAUUAUAAUCAACAAACCGGAUGCAAAUAAAAUUAAAAGAUAAUAUUAUCAUAUAAGCCACUCCAUAAUUAUACACCUAAUACGUAACGUUGUUCACUGUAUAAAUGUUAACUAUUACAUAAGAUUUGUUUCGUUAUUUUCUGUCAAUAGCUUAUUCUACAGAAAGUUCCAAAAUCUCUAUAUAAACAAUUAGCAGCAUAAGUUAACAACAUCUACGAUUAACAAACAAUUAAGUAACCUCCAAUUUUAUAAUCAUCUCUUCAAACCACAAAAUGGAAAGCAAAAGAAUGACCAUAAUGUUCAUUACCAUGAUGAUAGUCAUUGGGAACUUUGUUGUUCAGACAGAGGCUCAAACUCAAACUAAUCCUUUUAGAAGUUGUUUUCCAGGUUGUAUAGUGAGUUGUGCCAUCGAGAAGAAGUUUCCCACUGGUUUGAUGUGCCCAUUCACUUGUCUCAUGACUUGUCUUCUUCCUCCAACAUCAAAUAUUCCUACUCCUCCUUCACAAAUGAUUUUGGCAAACAAAAAAAUUGACCAUAACGAUUAUUUCUGUAAACUUGGUUGUGCUAGUCAUCAUUGUCUUGUUCUUUCUUCUCUUCAAAAUCCCAAUGUAGACAAAGUUGUGGACUGUGUGGAUUCAUGCUCAGACAAGUGCUCCAACAAGAGCUAAAAGCAAAUUUAUUAAAUGUUCUGUUUAUGAUAAAAUAGAUGUUUGAGUAUCAAAUAUAUGAACUAGUGUAGUUUGUAUCACUACAAUAUUUAAUCAAAAUAAAUACUUAUUUUCAGAUUGGAAUUAUUUGUGUUACAAGCUAAUCAACAUAUGAAACUAUCAACCAAAGAAAAAAAUGAUAAAAGAAAGGAUGUUUAAUAUUACUGUUAUAAUUUUAUAUAAUUGUAGUAUAUCAACUGAACUGGUUCGUUCCCUCGACCAUAAAAAAUAUAAUCAGAUCGAUAAGAUAUCAAUACUAUCACUUGUCUACCGGUUUCUCUAAGUUUUGUGCCCCUAAAUUCUUGAUAAAUAUAUUAAUGUAUAAAGCACAAGUAGGAGUGUCAAAAUGGAUAAACCAAUCCAAACCAAACCAUAUCCAAAUGGUUUUAAACUUAUAUGAGUUAUGGUUUUAACUUUUAACCAAUCCAUUUGACAAAUGGAUUGGUCAAUCCAUAUAUUUAAGUUAAUGAGUUAAUGGUUUUAAUGGUUAACACAUGAACAAUAAUUUUAUAGCUUAAAUGGUUACUAAGUAAAAACAUUAUUUUGGGUUUAAAACAAAAAGAAUACUUAGACUUUUGAUAAAUACAAUUAUAUGGUUUUGGUGUUAGAAACAAUUUUAUUAUUUUAGCAGGGAGAUAAUUUUGUGAUUUUAGUGAGAAAACUAUUUUUAACAUUUUGGCGAAAAAUAAGCUUUUCUGUUUUGGCGAAAAUAUAAUUUACGGUUUUGGCGAGAAAACACAGUAUAACGGUUUUGGCUGGAAAAUAAAAUAUUGUAGUUUUGGCGGGAAAACACGAUUUUAUGGUUUUGGUGGAAAAACUAAGUUUUACAAUUUUGGCGGAAAACUCAAUUUUACGAUUUUGGCAGUAAAUUCAAUUUUACGUUUUCACGAGAAAACACGAUUUUGUAGUUUUGGCGAGAAAAUAUUUUUUUGCAAUUGUGACGGAAACACACAAUUUUUGCCGGAAAAACUCAAAUUUACGGUUUUGGCGAGAAAACUCAAUUUUUCAGUUUUGACGGGAAAAUCGAUUUUGCAGUUUUGGCGAGAAAACUCAAUUUUACGGUUUUGGCGGAAAAAUCGAUAUUGCAGUUUUGGCGAAAAAAUUCAAUUUUGCCGUUUUGGCAGGAAAAUUGAUUUUGCAGUUCUGGCGGGAAAACUCAAUUUUACGGUUAUGGCGGAAAAACUCAAUUUUACGGUUUUGACGGGAAACUCGAGUUUACGGUUUUGGUGGGAAACUUAAUUUUACGGUUUGGGGGAAAACACGACUUUGCCGUUUUGGCGGAAAAUUUUGAUUUUACGAUUUUUGCGGAAAACACGACUUUGCGGUUUGGCGGGAAAACUUGAUUUUACGGUUUUGGCGGGAAAGCACGACUUUGCAGUUUUGGCAGAAAAAUUAAUUUGAUAGUUUUGGCGGAAAACUUAAUUUUACGGGUUUGGUGAGAAAACUCGUUUUUACGAUUUUCGCGGGAAAAUAUGACUUUGCAGUUUUGGUAGAUACAAUUUUCUCGUUUUGAUGAGAAAACAAGACUUUUCGGUUUUGGGAGGAAAACAUGAUUAUGUUGUUUCUGUGGGAAAAAGAGAUUUAGCGUUUUGAUGGGGAAAAAAAUUCAAUUUAGAGUUUUGGUGGAAAUUUUGAUUUUAUGAUUUUGGCAAAAUUUAUGAUUAAUUUGGCUUAUUAAAAAGUCAACAUAUAAUAGUUUUAUAUAUAUGAAAAUUGGGUGUUAACAAAUUCAUAUAUAUAUAUAUUUGUAUAUGUGAAUAAUUGGGUUAUAUUUACUUUAUUAAAUUUUAGUUAUAUAUAUAUGAACUUAAAUUAAAUUUGUUGUAGUAAAAUUGGUUUAGAAAUUUGGUUUGGUUAUUUUUUGUUUAUAUAUUUGAUUUGAGUUUUGUUUGUUAUAAUUUUUUUUUGGUUUGGUUAUGGAUAAAGUUAUCCAUUACAAUCCAAACCAUUUUUACACAAUCCACUUAGUCCAUUAACCCAUUUAAUUUAUUAAUCCAUUUGUACUCAAUUAUUCUAUCCAUUAAGAUCCAUGGUUUGGAUUGGUUUGGGUUGAUCUAUUAACUUUUGCCCAUUUUGACACCUCUAAGCACAAGAAUAUCUGAUGUUAGGACCAAGUCUUAGGGGGUGGUAUUGAAUCAAGGAAUGUAAUUGAAUUUGAAAGAAUUCUUAAGUAAGAACUUUUGCAGUAUUUUAAAAGAUUUAAUGAGAUUUUAAUGCAUUUAUCCAAUUCUUUUUAUGAUGGAUUUUAAAGGAAUAUACAUUAAUUUGAUAGAAUACUAAUUCCUCUAAAUUCUAUGAAAUUCCUCUAAAGUAUAUUUAAAAAGUUCACGAAAUUAUUUAUUAAUCUUAAAACUGAAAGAAAAAUAAUAAUUAGCACUACAUUAGUUUAUUGGUUGUAACAAUAUACUUUUAUUAGUUCUUUCACAUACAUACGUGCAAAUAUUUAUUUUAUAAAAGUAGAUUAUAUGAUAUAUACACACGUAAAUGAUUAAACAUAUAAAUACAGAAAUAAAAACUCAUGAUAUACAAAGAUUUAUGAAAUAAUAAAUGGAGACUAUUGGAAAAAACGCCAUGAACUAAUGAUAAAAAAAACUAGUAUACGCCAUGAACUAGUACUUUAACGUUUGGGAAAAAUAUUUUUUUUUUAGAUGGAAUUUUUGCUUUGUGAAUAGAUAUGCAGUGCUCUAUAUAUAUAGGAGAAGUGAUCUAGGUUUUGUUUCUUUAGAAAUAUAUAAGAACUAUUUUAUAGGGAUUUAUAUGAGAGAUAGAUCUAAUUAAAAAAAAACGUUUUUAAAAAUGCUACGUACUAUUUUGUUGAGAUUUUAUGAUAAAUGCUAUUUUGUAGGGAUUUUGUUAUUUUUCUUUUGUUAUUACGUGAGUUUGUAAAAUGUAGAGGGAGAAAUGAUAGGUUGUGUUUUUCUACGCUCAUAGCAAAUCUCUCCAUAUAGGCAAAGAAUUGUUUCUUUACAUUUCUAUAGGACAUUUUCCAUUAAAUUCUUAUCAAAUGACAUUACUACAAAAUCUCUCAAAUAUUGAAUAACAAUAGAAUUUAAAGUAAUUAAAAGAAUGAUUACAAAUGCUUAAUCCAAUAACACAAGAAUUUAAAAGAAUUGAUGAAAUCAAUAAUUGAAUAACAGUGGAAUUUAAUGGAAACUUAAAUUCCUUCUAAUUCUAUCAAAUUUCUAAAUCCAAUACCCCCACCUAAGUAUAGAUGAUACAAUUAAUGAUGGACAUUCACUAUAUUAACAUGGUGUGUAAAGUAGGUUAGGUUUAUUUUUUAUUUUCAUUUAGAGUACAUACUCAUCUACAUAAUUUUAUAUCCUGAUAACUUGCAGUGACAGUUGGCCUCAAUGGAACUUGUAACAUAGUCUUUUAUAUAGGUUCCAAUAAUUUGCAUUCCAAUCACUUUUUACCUCUUUACUGUAAUUUAGAAUCUGGUUUUGAUGUUCAUAUAUAUGAUCCAAUACUUUGCAUUCCUAUAACUUUUACUACUUUGAUGUAAUUUAUUCAUCAGUUGCCAAUCUCACAAUUAUUAUUGUUUUUUUUUAUAUUUCAAGUGGAUAACUAUAUAUAAUAUCUAGUAUAUCUAUUUCAAGAAAUUUUUUGUUUGUUGUAUUUGAUAUUUUUGUUUUGUUAUUAGCAAAUCAAUAAAUAAAACUGUGAACCCGGAAUUAUAUUCAAGCAUAUAAUUUUUUUUCCUCAAAAAUUAUUCGCAGAUAAGUUAGCAACAGUACUAUACUAAUCUUUAAGAAGCUUUGAUGAUUUUAGAUCUCAAAAUUUAAAUAUAUACAUUUAGUUUUAGCACGCAAGUUACAAGUUUUUAGUUUAAAAUUUGCAUGACACAAUAUGGAAAGUAUGCACAUAAAUCUUUAUUUAUUUUAUGAGAGGUUUAUAAAUAUAACAUAAUAUAAUUUAUCUGCACAUGGUCCUCGUAAGAAACUAGAGGGUUACUAUACUAUUGUAAACGAGUAAAUUUGAAUAAGAUAUAAACUUUGACCAUCAAAUAAAAGUAUUGUUCAUACACAUUAAUACAUAUAUUUUUGAAAGCACUCUCAUACAUAUGCAUGAGACGUCAAAACAAGAAAAAGUAGAUUUAUGUAUUUAAGUAGAUGAUAUCUGAAAAGUUUGUACAUAUAUACGUUAAUGCAAGUUUUUUGCAUCACAAACAACAUAAUAUAAUCACCAAACUGGAAACAAAUAAAAUUUAAAUAUGUUAUUAACAUAAAAUCUGCUCCAUAAUAUUACACCUAAUAUGUAGUAAAAUUGUUGACUGUAGAAAUGUUAAUCAUUAAAAAGGAUUUUUUUCUCUAUCAAUAUCAUUAUACAAAAGGUUCCACAAUCUCUAUAUAAACGAACAUUAACAACAGAGGCUAACAACAUCCACAAUCAACAA